AGCCCCGCGGCCGCGCCACUUGAAUCGAAGGGUGCCGUUCUUGAACCGCGGCUGGGCUCGAAGUACGCCACUUAUCACUCCAAAAUCGAAUACGCCCCACACAUGCAAUUUUCUUGCGGACAGGGCAAUUUCCAGUUUGGCUUGAAAUUGACCAUAACAGUCCCAGCUCUCACAUCCUUGGGUGCAUAUCGCCGCAGUGAGCAGCACGUGCCUUCCCAGUCGCAAUGGCCUUCCUCAUCAAUGCGCGGGCAGAGUUCGGGCCCGCUUCACAUCAGCCGCCAGAUCCUCGUCCUCUCUCUUCCGUUUCAGGCUGUAUGCUUCUUUUUCAGCCUUUUCUUCCGCUGUUUUCUUCAGCCUUUUUUCGCGUUCCAAACGCUCGAGUUCCAUUUUUCUCCUCCACUUGCUUCGGCCACUCGAAUUUUUCGUCCGCGAAUCUCUUCUUCAUACGCUCUUCCCGCUCCGCAAUUUCUAUCGGAACUUUCAGAGUCCCUCUUUGGCUUGGGAUACGCCUUCUCCGUCGCCUUUUCGCGUGACCCGCCACGCUCAACGCCGUAAAAAGGGCAUGGCGCAAUUUAAAAACCCGGCCGGCUCGUCCUUGACGGGUGGCGGCUGGUGUACACGAAGUUGCCCGCUUUCCUCAAGUGGUGUUUUGAGUUGGUGAUUGUGGCCUGCUGUGAAGGGAAUGCCGAAGGAUUGCGAAUGGAGAAUCUAUGUGACCCAACGAAACUGCAAAAUUACUCAAACAAGGGCACUUGGCAACAAAAUACGCUCUCGGCGCUGGCAGCUCCAAAAACAUCAUUAGCACAGAAGAGUG